AUGUUCUGCAGAAAUAUACUACUAUUGAAAACAUCUAUCCCAAAAUUUCGAACAAGGUGUCUAGCUACUGAUGCCACACAACAAAUAAUAAAUUCCACAACCACCUCAACUACAGUCACUAACAAUACAAUCACUUCAGAGACCUCAAGCACGACCAUUAUAAAGCCAAAACGAAAGAGAACUUUUUUCACAGAUGAGCUUAACAAAGGACCAUCAUUUGAUGAUUUUGUAAGUGGUAAAGCUAAAGAUAUGCUAGAAGAUCCCCUCGAAUUAGCAAGAAAAGAUCCAAAUGCAAAAUUACCAAGUUGGUUAAAAGUACCUAUCCCAAAGGGAAAAUCAUAUCAUAAUGUUAAAAAAGAUGUAAGAGAAUUAAAAUUAUCAACAGUUUGUGAAGAAGCAAAAUGUCCAAAUAUUGGAGAAUGUUGGGGUGGUAAAAAAUCAGAAGCUACUGCUACUAUAAUGCUUUUAGGAGAUACUUGUACAAGAGGUUGUAGAUUUUGUUCAGUUAAAACAGAUAGGGCUCCAAUGAAACCUGAUCCAAUGGAACCUGAAAAUACAGCAGAAGCUAUAAGUAGAUGGGGUUUAGGUUAUGUUGUCUUAACUACUGUUGAUAGAGAUGAUUUAAUUGAUGGUGGAGCAAAUCAUUUAAAAGAAACCGUUGAAAAAAUUAAAUUAAAAGCUCCACAAAUUUUAGUUGAAGUAUUAGGUGGAGAUUUCAGAGGUGAUUUAGAAAUGGUUAAAAUUUUAGCUAAUUCAGGUUUAGAUGUUUAUGCUCAUAAUAUGGAAACUGUUGAAGAUUUAACUCCUUAUAUAAGAGAUAGAAGAGCAACAUAUAAACAAUCAUUAUCAGUAUUAAAAACAGCAAAAGAAACAAAACCAUCAUUAAUUACUAAAACUUCAUUAAUGUUAGGAUUUGGUGAAAAUGAUGAACAAGUUUUAUCAACUUUAAAAGAUCUUAGAUCAAUUGGAUGUGAUGUUGUUACAUUUGGUCAAUAUAUGAGACCAACAAAAAGACAUAUGAAAGUUGUUGAGUAUGUAACACCAGAAAAAUUUAAUUAUUGGAAAGAUGUUGCAUUAGAUAUGGGUUUUCUUUAUGUUGCUAGUGGUCCUUUAGUUAGAUCUUCUUAUAAAGCAGGAGAAGCAUUUAUUGAAAAUGUUUUAAAAAAGAGAAAACAUAAUGUUGGAGAAAGUCCAAGAUUAAUGAAUGAAACAAUUAAACCAACUAUUUUUCAAAGAUCUUGA